UCUCAGAGCAGCCCUGCUAAUUUACGUGCAGGAAAGGGAUACCCUCGUGCUGGUUGCUCCUGUUCUGAUUACCUCUCUAUCCACAGUGGCAUUUUGUUAGCACUUGGGAACUUACUGGCCCAGACAAUUGAGAAGAAACGGAAAAAAGAAAACUCUGAAAAUCUAGAUGUCAGUGGGCCUCUCAGAUAUGCGAUUUAUGGGUUCUUCUUUACAGGGCCGCUGAGUCACUUCUUCUACCUCUUCAUGGAAAGCUGGAUCCCUUCUGAGGUUCCCUUGGCAGGGAUCAAGAGGCUCCUCUUGGACCGCCUGCUCUUUGCACCGGCCUUCCUGUUGCUGUUCUUUCUCAUCAUGAACUUUCUGGAGGUUGGUGUCUGCCACAGCACUUACUACAGCUCUUCAUUUAGCACUGUGAUUCUUAGUCUGACAUGCAGAGGUAGAAUUCAGAGGGUCUGUGAACUUUUCACUACACUCAAAUUGAAAUUUUCUGAGGAUGCUGAGACCCAGAGCGGGUAA